CGUUUGGUUGCGUAUGCUGUAUUAAUAACACGACUUGCUCUUGACCAAUUUAUGUUUGGCGUCAAAAUGCCAUGAAAGUUGUGUUUAAAGUGAAUAUCGGUUCUCUUAUGUUUUGUUACGAUUAAUAUAGUUAACGUAUUUAUUGCACAGAUAAGUUAGCUUGCUUGUUAGUUAACGCGCCGAUCCGUCUAGCUUAACGUUAAUAGCUAAUGUUACCCUACCACCUCACUGAAAACACUUUCUAAAUUGUCAGUUUUAAGUUCAAUUAGCUCACUUGUCAGACACGAAAAACACUAAUUUUAACAUUAGCACAAACUUCAACGAUUAAACGUUACACCUUGCUAACUUGGCUAAUAUGCCUUCCACUUCGAUUUCAAGAAAGCUAGCGUGAGUAGCUUGCUUGAGUGGCUAAUUGUUAGCACAAGUUAACUCUUACAAGAAUCAAAAUGAGCCGUUAGCAUUGUCAAGUUUUAAUAAAACUCGUUAAAUAUAUCGGACAUUAACCCUUACUAGUCGAAACCCUAUUAGCCGUUAUCGCUGCAAACGGCAUAGCGUGUUGUUAGCUUCUCCUCUAAGUGUCAGCUAACGUUAGCAGGUAGCAUCUAGACAAUACAAACUGACAAGUUUAAAGCUUGGCAGCCAACAAACUGAGCUUUGUUAGCUACGCUUUUAGUAAAUCAACUAUUUGUUAUAACGUCGAUAUUAAAUCGACUAAUAGUUAUUAAUGGCUGAUGCCAAAACACCCAGACUUUGUAUAAAGUUCAGAUAGUGACCAAGUGACACCGGUUGCGGUUGUUGGCAGUCAACUAACGUUAACAUCCGAUGACUGACUUGCUUAUUUUCCGCUCAAACGGUCAUCAGUAAACUCUGUCGGUCAAUUUAACGUAACUAAACAAACACGGCUCUUAAAUAAGCUCAACACUAAUAACCCUGAUUAAGUUAUUGAGCCGUGUUAGCAAGCUAAUGCUAGCGUUGUCCACAUGUGUCAUCACACCCGUAGACAACUGUGUGCUUGAUUCACUGUUAACGUGCAAAACGGAACCUCUGCCCCCAGAGAGGAAAAAGAGGACGGUUGAGGACUUCAACAAGUUCUGCAGCUUUGUCCUGGCGUAUGCUGGCUACAUCCCCAGUCCAAAAGAGGAAAGUUCAUGGUCCCCAACAUCAUCCAGCUCUGCACACAGUUCAGGGUUGUCAGCAGAUGGAGGUGGUGGAGGUAGCAGCUCCAUGGGCAAUACUUGGGCAGAUGGAAGCUCUGACAUCCACACCAUCCAUACAUUUGUCCGUAAAGCUCGAGCAAAUAAGGGCAAAAAUAUUCGCCGCAUGCACUCUGAUAGCACUCUGCUGGACAAGAUGCGCCUUAAAGACUCCCUGUAUGAGAGCCAGGCCAGCACUAAGGCAGAGCGCAAGAAGGACAAAAAACUGAAAAAGUUGUCACUGGGUUCUGCCAUGACGGCGGCAGAUAGCGGCAGUAGUGAAGGCGAGAAAAGAGCCCGCAUUAAACGCAGCAAAAAUUCAAAACCGCAAAAAGCUAAGAAGCUCAAAAGUUCAGCUGCUCAAAGUGAGACAGACUCUGAGGCACGGCAUAUACAUACAGAGGUACGACCCCUCAGAGAGGAGCUGACGGUGCACGGGGGCUCCACCCCAAGCAUGCAGGACCUGGAGAAGAUGCAGCCAGACGACUCCAUCAGGGAAGCAGAGAUGAGCUCCAGUGAGGGUGAGACCUGGAUUGCAGAUGAAGACAUUAUGGUGGAGUCAGGGGAUGAUUCAUGGGACUUGAUCACCUGUUACUGUGGGAAGCCAUUCGCAGGACGGCCAAUGAUCGAGUGCAACCAGUGCGGCAUAUGGGUGCACUUGUCGUGUGCGAAGAUCAAGAAGUCCAACGUUCCCGACAUCUUUUACUGCCACAAGUGCAGGGACGUGCGGCGGUCAGGACACAAAAAAGACACCUAGAGAUUAAGAGGAUGGGAGGGACGAGGAGCACCCACCUUGUUUUUGCUGUCCUCUGACACUUUUUUCUUUGAUGCCUACAGCCAAAACAGCCUAAAUUAUCACCUGAAUGGCAACUGUAUUGUCACUUUGUAGGAUUUCUUUUGACAAUCACAACUGUUAUUUAUCCCUCACUUUUUUUGUUUUGUUUUACUUACUUUGUUUUUUCCUUUGGCUACUGUGAAGAACUGGAUAGAAGUGACAGUGGAGAAUCAUUUAUUUGUUACUAAUUAAUUCCUUCAUUAAUUGGCUUUAUUGUUGUAUACCGCGCUGGCGAUGUGCACAUACAUUUUCACGCUUUCACAUAUUCACUGAAGGUGCAUUUUGACUUGUAAAAUAUUUCUUGAGGAUAUUGUCAAAUCAGUGAAAGUUUCCUUUAUUGUCUUAAGGAGUACCAUUUUCAGUUUGCUAGCCAUUUCCUCUAAAGUUUAAAUCAAUGCAAGUUUUACACAUUGACAAAAUGUAUAGCUUAAGGGAUGGAAAAUGUCACUCCUGUUAUUUGUUUAGAAGUAUGUCAUAAUGAUAGGUGGGCAGCUCAUUUUAGUUUUCGUCUUCAUUUUUGAGUUUGCCUUUUUGUUUUGGGUUGUCAGUGAUAAUCACUGAACUUUAAAAUGUAGAGAUCUUACUCUAGAUUAAGUGAUCUUUGAAUUCAUACAAUCUGAAAAUGUUUACUAUUUUGCAUCUAAAUUGCUACAUUUCAAAUUGCAUACAGACAACUCUUUCGGCAGUGCACUUUUAAAAAAAAAAAAUAGACCCAAAUGCCGUUUCUACUGCAUUAUAUGGGUGGUAUUUGGAAUAUGAUGAGCUACGGCUGAUUAAAACUGUACUUGGCAUGUAGCUGUGUACAUUCAUGGUUGAGCGCUUAAUGUUUCUCCCUGUCUGGCUUGUUAACCAAUCAUUGAUAGCCAUUUAACAUGAACAACAUUUAACAUUGAAAGCUGUUAAAUUUUGAUGUUUUUGUUUCAUGUGUGUUUUUUUUUGUUUUUUUUUUUUUCAUGUUUAAAAACUCAUCUGAAAUGAGGGGUUAAUGUUGCUGUACGACGAAUGGAUUGGCAGUGCUUUACUAUGUCAAAGUGGCUCUAAGGCUCGUUAAUGAAUGGUUGUAAAAUAUUCGUUUUUCUGUUUUUUCAUGUAAUUUGUUUAUUUCUUAGCUUUCUGAGGAGCGGGAUUAGGGAUGCGCCCGCAUCAGAGAAUGGACAUAAGAUUGUCUCACAUCGAGAACAAAGCUGUAGUGUACAGAAAAUAAGUUGACGCCACGUAGAUUGUGGCAUUUGUUUAUGUUGUUUGGUUUUACCAUGUGCUUUUCCUUUUGUUGGUGGGAGUGUCUUGGUAAGUCUCCAGUAGCAGUUGCACUCUCUCUACAACUUCUAUUCUGUGUACAUAUCCUGUUCUUUGACAACUGUACAUAUGUGAAAGUGAAGAGAGAAAAUACCCAAGCAAAAUCUAUAUUUUCUGCGGUCUGAUAUUGUUUUCUUUAAUCGUAGCUUGAAAAAUAAAAGUCUUUGGGAACAUAA